AUGACCCCCCGUGCGCGCUCGCCGCUGUCACUUCACGAGGAGCCGUCACUAGCCGCAGAGGAUCGUCGCUCUGCGGAGGCGUACUCUCCUGAGCCAUGUCUUCCGGCUGAGGUCGUCCUGAGCCUGUCCCGCACUCGCAACUCGGAAAUCGAAACCAUGUCGCAGCAUGCACCAGAGCCAGAGGAAGACUUGGGACCCCCACCGGACGGUGGAUUCGAAGCGUGGCUGGUCGUUGGAUCCAGUUUGCUUCUGCUGUUUGCCAUUUUCGGUCUGAUGAACUCGACGGGUCAAUUGCUCAACUACUACCUGGACCACCAGCUAAAAGGGUACAGUAAGAGUACAGUGUCCUGGGUUGGAAGUGUGCAGACUCUGGUCGAGUUCUCAUUUGCCAUGGCCACGGGCCGGUGGUUUGACAACCACGGCGCGCGCUGGCUGACCAUCGUGGGCCUGACCCUCGCAACAGCGAGUGUGGUGUCCCUUGCUUUUUGUGAAGAGUUCUACCAGCUUUUUCUCUCCAUGGCACUCUUUGGCUUUGCGGGCAGCAUGGUCUUUGCACCCGCGAAUGCCGUGGCGGCACACUGGUUCCUCAAGAUCCGUGCCACGGCCAUUGCCAUUAUCAGCGGUGGCGCUGGACUCGGCGGUGUGAUUUACCCGAUCAUGAUCGAACGGUUGUUGAGGCGCCUCAGCUACCGAAACACGAUGCUCGUCAUUGCGGGCUUCAACUUUGUUCUGAUGCUUCCUUCCGUCUUCUUUAUGAAGGCUCGCCUCCCGCCUCGCCAACCUCCACCUCUUUCAUAUCUCCUGCGGCCUUGGCGCGAGCCCCGUUUCUGCUUCCUGGUCGCAUCCGGCGUCUUUUACGGCAUGAACAUCCUCUCGCCCUUCUUCUACGCCAUCACCUAUGCUGAAUCCAAUGGUGUACCAGCGCGGAUCAGCAACUAUGCCAUCGCCCUUGGUGGAGCUGGUUCAGUCGUGGGCCGACUCGUCAUGGGCGUGAUUGCAGACCGGAUUGGUGUGUGGCGUGUUUUCUCGUUCAUUCCGUUCGCGACUGGCGUGGUGAUGUUUGCGUUUUGGACGCCACCCAACAUGGGAACCGGCGGCGCCGUUGCGGGGCUAGUACUGUAUGGCUGGAUGAGUGGCGGCUUCUUCAGCUGCAUGGGCAGCGCGACCGCAAGCUUCUCCCCGCUCGAAGAGGUUGGCACGCGUAUCGGCCUCCUCAUUUCAAGCCUCGCCAUCCCGUCCUUGAUCGGACCUGUCAUUACGGGUGCGCUCAUCCAGGACGACAAGUUCACAUACGCUGGUAUCUGGCUUGGGUCCUGCUUCAUCGUCAGCGGCUUGUUGUUGAAUGCACCCACCGAGGUGAGGUGGAUUCGCCGCAGGCUGUGUGAUGUCACAGGUAACAAGGACAUUGAGAUGUCACCACAAGUGGGCCCGCCGGUAUUGCCGGUGGCCGGGCCCGCCGAAAAGGCGAUGGAUGCCCCGGAAGAGGAGGGGCAGGUCACUCACUCUGGACCAUAG